AUGGAACAUGCUAAGUACUCAAUGCUAGGCCAUGCGCCUAAAUCAAAGGACAAGAUUCCUAAAAGCGUCGAUAGAGCCCUUGACAAAGCCCAACCUGCGACUAACGGAGCAGUUGGUAUUUCAGUCCGCAAUGGACCAGUGGUAGAGAUGGAGGUGGACGAGCCCCAGCUUAAUGGCAAUACGUCCUCGAAGCGCAAGGCUCGCCCCAGCCAGACCAAAUCUUACGAGGAGGCAACCAGCGAUUCAGAUGAAGAUGCUCCACUUAGCAAGAAAAGGCGCGUCUCGAAGAAGAAGGACAUUACGCCCGAAUCGGAUUCUGACGACGCCCCGCUGGUUACCAAGAAAAAGGCUAAGACCACGACUAUUGCUAAGAAGCCUGUCAAGGCCAGUGAGACAGCGAUUGGUGAGUCUGAGGACUCGGACACUCCACUUGGAACAAAACUUGCAAAGGAAAAAGACACCAUUCGCAAGAGGGCUGCCAAUGAAGCCAAAGAAAUCCGGAAAAAAUCGAAACAACCCGAUUCCGAGAAGAAAUCUACUAAAAGAAAAAGCCAACCAAAUGGAGUAAAGAAAGAAGACUCUGAUGAUGACGUACCUAUGGCUAGGAAAGUGAGACCCGCCCAAAAGAUUGAGAAAACUACACCGAAGAAAAGUAAGGUCAAGAAGGAAGAAACGGAACAAGACGAAGAAGCCGAGGCAGAGGAAGAAGAGUACAAAUGGUGGGAAGAUCCCACAAAAGGAGAUGGGACUAAGAAAUGGACGACCUUACAGCAUAACGGCGUAGUAUUUCCCCCAGAGUAUGAACCUUUACCUAAAAAUGUGAAACUACGAUAUGAUGGCAAGCCUUUGAGACUAGCUCCCGAAGCUGAGGAAGUAGCUACAUUUUUUGGGUCUAUGUUGAAUUCUACACACAACGUAGAAAAUCCGACCUUUGUGAAGAAUUUCUUCGAGGAUUUCCAGAAAAUACUCAAGGACACGGGUGGAGCCUCUGACAAGGAGGGCAAUAAAGUUUCUAUCAAAGACUUCAAAAGGUGCGACUUCCAACCAAUCUUCGACUACUUCGAUGCCCAACGCACCGAAAAGAAAGCCCAGCCUGCAUCAGAAAAGAAGCGACUAAAGGCAGAGAAAGAUGAGACCGAAGCUCCAUAUCUAUAUUGCACGUGGGACGGUCGCAAGCAAAAGGUUGGUAACUUCCGUGUUGAGCCACCUGGGUUGUUUCGAGGCCGCGGUGAGCAUCCAAAGACUGGCCGCGUCAAGUCACGGGUAAAACCUGAGCAGAUAACGAUCAACAUUGGAAAGGAAGCAAUGGUACCCGCGCCACCGGAAGGACACCGCUGGAAGGAUAUCAAGCAUGACCAAGAGGGUACAUGGUUGGCAAUGUGGCAGGAAAACAUCAAUUCGGCGUACAAAUAUGUAAUGCUUGCGGCAAACUCGGAUGUCAAGGGUCAAAGUGAUCAUAAAAAGUUCGAGAAGGCCCGUGAGCUGAAGAAGCACAUUGAUCGAAUUCGCAAGCACUAUAGAGCAGAACUCAAGGACGAGCUUAUGGCGAAUCGACAGCGUGCCACCGCCAUGUAUCUGAUUGACGAAUUCGCAUUGCGUGCGGGAAACGAAAAGGGAGAGGAUGAGGCAGAAACUGUAGGUUGCUGCUCACUGAAGUUUGAACAUAUCUCUCUAAGGCCUCCAAACACCGUGAUAUUCGACUUCUUGGGGAAAGACAGCAUCCGCUUCUACGACGAAGUGAAAGUCGAUGAACAGGUCUUUAAGAAUCUUAAGAUCUUCAAAAAAUCGCCCAAGAGUGAAGGGGAUGACAUUUUCGACAGACUGACAACUAGCUCGCUCAACAAACACCUUCAAAAUUUCAUGCCGGGGCUCACAGCGAAAGUGUUCCGUACCUACAACGCCUCUUUCACAAUGUCGAAUCUACUACGGGAUAUGAAGUCAAGGGGCACCGUUCCAGAGAAGAUCAAAGACUACAAUGAUGCGAAUCGCAAAGUUGCAAUCCUCUGUAACCACAAGCGCACAGUCGCAGCUGGGCAUGGUGCACAAAUGGAGAAGCUCGGGGACCGCCUCAAAGGUGUGAAGUACCAGAAGUGGCGUGUCAAGCAGCAGAUGCUCGAUAUUGAUCCUAAGCAUAAGAAGAGAAAGGGUGAGGCAUAUUUUGAGCUUGACGAUGAUCUUGACCAGCAAUGGAUCCAAGAGCAUCAAGCAUAUCUCGUUGAGGAGGAUCGUAAGAAGAUCGAGAAGAAAUUCAACAAAGAAAACGAAAAGCUUGUGAGUGGAGGACAGAAGGAAAUGAAGCACAAGGAGCUUGAAGAUCGCCUGCAGGCCGUGAAGGAGCUUGAAAAGAAGUUCGGGCGAGAAAACAAGAAAGGCAAGGUUGAGGCGGAAGGUAAGGCGCCCAGCAUUGAGCGAUGUGAAGCGAACCUCCAGAAGUUGGACCAGCGGAUUGGUACGAUGGAAGUGCAAGCCGAAGACAAGGAGAGCAACAAGGAAGUGGCACUCGGCACUUCGAAAAUUAAUUACAUUGACCCGCGCUUGACGGUGGUGUUCUGCAAGAAAUUCGACUUGCCGAUCGAGAAAAUCUUCUCGAAGACGCUCCGAGAAAAAUUCGAGUGGGCCAUCAAGUCGGUGGAUGAAGAGUGGGAAUUCUGA